UAAACUUGACAUAAAUGGUGAGCGACUAAAACAGUUGCAGAAUAGGUUACAAAAUAUAAUCUAUUUAAUUAUUGAUGAAAAAAGCAUGAUUGGGCGUCGAAUGCUUGCUUUAAUUAAUUUAAGGUUACGCCAAGCUUUUCCUGAGCAUAAUAACACGCCUUUUGGUGGAAGAUCAAUAAUAUUAGUUGGUGAUUUUGGCCAGCUUCCUCCUGUACUUGACCAUCCCAUGUACACCACAACUAUUUUGCGAGAUCCAUUGUCUAAUAAUGGUAUUGUAGCGUAUAAACAGUUUCGAGAAGUAUAUAAACUUGAUAUUGUUCAGCGUCAAUCUGGUGAUUCUGAAGAACAACGGAACUUUAGAGAUAUUCUCUUACGAUUGUGCAAUGGAAAGUCUACAAUUAGUAACUGGAGAAUACUUACAGAUGUUAAUUUAGUAAAUAUGAAUAUGCUUAGAUCCUUAAACAUACUCAUUGCAAAAAUUCUUGCAGUACAUAAUAGAGGUGAUAACGAGGCCAAAAAUGCGAAUUCAGACAUAGCAAAUAGUCUUGAAGCAGAACUGUUACUAGCAAAAGGUGCUCGCAUUAUGCUCACAGCCAACCUGUGGACAGAAGCAGGAUUAGUUAACAGUUCAAUUGGAACUGUUCAAGGGAUUUUGUUUGAAGAAGAUCAGAGACCACCUGCACUUCCUACAGUAGUUUUUAUCUUAUUUGAUAAUUAUAGAAGAUCUACUGUAAAAAUGUUAAAUGGCAUAGAAGUUGUUCCAAUC